AUGGCUGCUCUAAGACGAGGUGUUUUCAUCGUCGGCGCGAAGCGCACCCCCUUCGGCACAGUGGGCGGCAAGCUGAAGGACAUCAACAGUAUUGAGCUGGGGCAGACUGCGGCGAAGGCGGCGAUAGAGGCGGCGAAGAUCAGUCCCGAGCAGAUUGACAGCGUCGUCGUGGGCAAUGUGAUGCAGCACACGCACAAGAAUGGCACCUUCAUCGCCCGGCACGUCGGCCUGGGCGCCGGCAUUCGCCUGGAGACGCCCUGUCUCAGCGUCAAUCGCCUCUGUGGCAGUGGCUUUGAGGCAGUGGUCAAUGCUUCACAUGAUAUCGUCAACGAGAGCGCCGAAAUAGCCCUCGCCGUGGGCACCGAGUCGAUGAGCAAUGCGCCCUUCAUCAUUCGCGGCGCUCGUUUCGGCGUCAAGUUCGGCCAGGCGCCGGUCCUGGAGGACUCGAUGUUCACCCGGGCGGACCCGGCGGACGGCCGCUACGAGACGCGAAUGGGCAUCACCGCGGAGAACCUCGCCACCAAGUACGGCAUCAGCCGCGAGGAGUGCGACACCUUUGCGCUGCUCUCACAGACUCGCUGGGCGGAGGCGCAGAAGGGUGGGAAAUUUAAGGAGGAAAUGAUCCCGCUGACGAUUAAGGUAAAGGGAAAGGAGGUGGUAGUGGACGUGGAUGAGCACCCUCGGCCGGACACUUCGCUGGAGAAGUUGUCCAAGCUGGCGCCCGCCUUCAAGAAGGACGGCGUCGUGACGGCCGGAAAUGCAUCGGGCAUCAACGACGGCGCCGGGGCGUUAGUGCUGGCCAGUGAAGAUGCAGUCAAGGCCAAGGGGCUGGGGGCGUUGUCUCGAGUGGUCGCCUACGCCGUCGUCGGCUGUGAUCCCACCAUUAUGGGCAUCGGCCCAGUGCCGGCGAUUCGCAAGCUAUUGGCCAAAACCGGCCUCACCCUGGACCAGGUGGACGCCGUCGAGGUGAAUGAGGCCUUUGCGCCGCAGUGGCUGGCCGUGCAGAAGGAGCUCGGCCUUGAUCUGGCCAAGUCGAACUUGAAUGGCGGCGCUAUCGCCCUCGGUCAUCCUCUGGGCGCAUCAGGAGCACGCAUACUGACCAAUCUGACGUACGAGCUGAAGCGAAGGAAUGGAAAAUACGCCAUUGGUAGUGCCUGCAUUGGCGGCGGACAGGGCAUUGCCGUUCUUCUAGAGAAUGUUCAGUAG